CGUUUUCCUCUUGUAGACCGUAAAGCAAAAACAAAUGUCCAUUCUUAUGUACGGACUUUAAGCAUUCAAACAGUGAUGAGGAACAUAAUGGUCCCUAACUGGAAACAACUUUACCGUGCGCUGAUUCUGGCAUUAUUGGGGAUGCCAGGAUUGGGUACAUUUGUGCAGAUCUCCUGGACCGGCAGAGUGUUAGCUGGCCAUCGCAUCACCUUCACUUGCUCUUCACCAUGUUUUCCAAACUGCAUCUACACCUGGACCUUUAAAGGUAGAACGAUCAAUGGAAACACAUUAACCUGGACACCAGAUGGACUGGAAGACUCAGUGGAGCUGCAGUGCACUGUCCGCAACCCCAAAACAGGGAUCUCCAGCACCACAAUCAACAUUUUAGAAAUUAAGAAUGAAAUGUUUGUGCAAACCAGCCCACCAAACACAGUUCCAUCUGUUAACCAGCCUCUGAAUGUAGUUUGCCAUGGCGCUUCUUCUGGUGACCCCGAAGGCCCGUCAGACCUCAUCUGGUACAAAGAUGGACAGAAAGUGACUCUACGUGAAAAUAUGCAGCUGCAACAAAAUAACCUCACGCUUCACUUUGACUCACUGCUCCCCUCUGAUGCUGGUUUCUACCAGUGUGAAACUUACCUGCCUACAUUGCAGAUUCACGUUUUCAGCUUGGGCUACCUACUCAGUUUUGAUCCAUGGAAGGUAAACAUCAGUGGACCUGACGCUGUGUUCCCCGGCAGAUUGAGCCAGUUCACCUGCCUGACCAGCUGCACUUUAAAUACUGAAUGUACUGUCAGGUGGGAAUUCAGAGGAGGCUUUCCCAUGGGAACUUUCCUUUCAGCACAUGUUAAUCACCUCAGAUGGACUCCUUCCACUCCUGGGACUUUCCAAAACUUCACCUGCAUUGCAGAAAAUCCAGCUGCUGGACGCUCAGCCGAGGCCACAAAAAUGGUAGAAGUUAAAGGUGAUUCACUCUCUGGAUCAGCAGCAGAACGACCCAGUGGACUGGAUUCACUUAUCUUCAUCGUUGGACUUUUGUUCCUGUUCGACUGGUAGAUGUUAUUUUGGGAGUUUUUAUCUCUCCUGAUUGUCCACACCUGUGUCUCACCAGGUCCUGGGGAGCGUCACGUUUUUACAUCAUUAUGAUAUUGUCUAUGUGACACAUCUUAUGGAAUAUUUUAGUCUUGGAGUACAGAUGGGCAAAUACAAUCAUUUAUACAACCUGUAAAGCAAAAAUAAUAAUAAGACAAAAAAAAAAAAAAAAAAAAAAAAAAGACCCUUCGGAAACUGCUGGCCAACCUUUAACAUGGCAUUAGGAAUAAUAAAGAGGGGCUCAAAGAUUUAUCUUUAGAAACAGGAAUUUGUCCCUUCUUUGUUAAAAGUCCCUUUAGCAAGCUUGUAAAGAUAAGGUUUAACUGCUGCCUGAGUACCGGCAUUUUCAUGGGUCCGUCAGGGGUCAGGUAGGACUCAAAUUAACACUGAACCUGCAAGGCAUCAAAUCAUGCUGCUGCUUUGAAAGAGCAAUAUUGUGUCGAGGUGUCAUAUUCUAGCAAAACAUUUCACGUGUGUGUGUGUGUGUGUGUGUGUGUGUGUGUGUGUGUGUGUGUGUGUGUGUGUGUGUGUGUGUGUGUGUGUGUGUGUGUGUGUGUGUGUGUGUGUGUGUGUGUGUGUGAGUGAGUGAGUGAGUGAGUGACAACUGUGUCAACAUUUGCUGUGGAUUUUAUCAGUUUUCUGUUUGUUUAAGCUCAGCUCAUUAUAUGCUGUAUGGAAUAAUAAGUAGAGAGGAAUUUUCUAGUUUUUGUCAACAUGUGGUGCCAGAAUUGUUAAUCUGGGCAUAAUUCACGUUUUAUUAGAAACAUUGCAAUCUUUAUGCAUAUUCUGCUUAAAAGGUAGCUAUGACCCACAACUCAGGAAAUUAUACAUAGAUGAGGAAAGAGAAGAAAAAAAAUUGUGGUUUAGACAUAUUUCAGUGUAUUUAAAUAUGAUAUGACUUUUCAGUCAAC